AUGUAAGAUUGUGCAAACGAAUAAAAUUACAUCAACUUCCUGCAGUUGGAAAGGGAUGACGGGUCUCAUGAGGAUAAUUCUUCUUCUUUACUUCUCAUGAAUCAGGAAAAUCCUUCUCUAACACAACUUAUGGAAUUGGAUGUUUCUCCCCUCAAUGAGCAGGGGAAGAAGAUAAAGAAGAAGAAGAAGAGGAUGGACUUCCAUUACAAAAAGAAGAGAAGAAACAAUAAAAUAACAGAUAUGAAUAAUAAUAAUCCAUUCAACUUCGAGGAAGACAAAAAAAUCUUAUCUCUCGUACUCGAGCACGGCCCGAAGUUUGGUGAUAUAGCCAAAUACUUUAGUGAUAGGAACUAAAAUGCAAUAAAGAAUAGAUAUUAUAAAUACCUUCGAUUCAGAUGGGAUUAGACUUUGGGAAGUGAGUACCGAAGACUGAAUUGCAAGCGAGAUAGCGACAGGGUAGAAUGCAGUGAUCUAACUUAAAUCAUAGAUGAGAUGAACUUUUUUCCAGAAAUAACAGAUUUGUUAUCCCAAUUUGUGCACAGAGUCCAUUCUUAUUUCAAUUGA